GUCAGCAUUUUGGAACGCACUUAUUAGUUAGUCAUACUCCCAAGCUGGUGUGUUGACGAAUAGGCUCGGUAUAGGUUUGUUUGAGUGUUGAUUAAACGUAAGCCUUAAACAGUGUUACCACCCAGACGAAUUUGAAAAAAAAUCAAGAACAAGCUUUCAUAAGAAAAUAUUAGAGCUUUCUUCACAACAAUGGUCAAUUUACAUUCGUACGUAGCACCUUGUGAUAAAAACCCAGGACAUACAGCCUUUAUCCCGACGAAGACAUUUACAAAAGAACGACUUCCGGUUCGUUACCAUGACGACGACAUCGUGGAUGUAGUUAAACUUUUGGCUGAGGUUACGGUAAGAAUCGCCGUAAAAGUUACUAGCCCGGCUCGGCCUGAUAAGCUGCCGGGAACAGAUGUUCCCUAUCCGUGCUACGACCUGAGAGGAACGAAAACACUCCGGACCGGAACUGGGUACGCGGGGCAGGUGAUUCUACGUGACGCGGCGCCGUGUCCGUGUGAGGAAUGCCGGACGGCGGACGUACCUUGCGAUAGGUGGUCAGAGAUCCACGUCACAACGUCUCAGCAUUUGGUCUUUGACGACAUCGAGGCCAAGAAAACAGCUGCCAGGUUCUGGUUCGAUGAUGAUAAAAGUCUUUUAGUGUCUGUAAAUGCAUCCCAAGUCUUGGAGUCUGAUAUAGAAGCGGAUCGAUGUGUUGUGAUGUUUAUUACACAUGAUAUACAGCUCGCGAUGAAAUUGAAAGAAACGCUAUCAAAACUCGAGGAAAUGAGAGCUAAAGUUAACGAGAAGUACGGUGAGAAUGACAAGCUUGUUGUGAUUGUAUCUCACCCACACGGAUGUUCCAAGCAGGUGACAGUCGGGGAAUGGGAAGUACAGGAGGUGGAGAAAGGUAAGAGAAGGUUCGCCUACACGGCCCCCACCUGCCCAGGGAGUGGGGGCGCACCGGUUUUUGUUUUAAGCUCAAAGAGCCAGUUCUUCCAUACACACAGUGGUACUGACAACCGUCUCAACUACAGCAGCCUGUGUUAGAAUUAGAACAUUAUUUUCACAAAUGUUUAAUGUACGAUUUGUAAAACUUGGUUAGCAAAAUUAUUAUUUUAAUGACAAUGUUUGCUUAUUAUAGAAUCUUUAUGUCAUUCCAUGUUUUCGAAAAAUAAAAUAAUUGCGACGGUAAGCAUU